AAGGUAGGGAGAAGGACAAUGUCCAGUCGAAGUGACUCUGGGGAAAGGAAUCUGGGGAGCGCCUUUCCCAUACCGGAGAGCAGCUGAGUGAGUUUGGCUUGACCUCGCUGCUCUCCGGGCGCUCUCUCCGGCGUGAAGCCGCCGAUCUUCGGAAAAGCGCAGUCGGAAAGUUGUCGGCUGCAGUGCCCUGUGCGUCCUGUUGUGUAACUUCAGAGCUGCCGGCGGGCCGGGGAAGUUGCUGGCCCGCCUGCCAGCCCCGCGCGGUGCGGUCCGGGGCGGAUUUCAUGGCCCGCGGCGAGCGCGGGGCCGGAGCUGGGGUGGGCAAGCCCCGGCGCUCCCCUUCCCGCGGGGAUUCCCUGCGCCCGCUCCCUUUUGCUUUCCCGUUUUUCCGAUGCUCGGUGCUCCCCUCGCCGCCGCCUUCCUCUCGCCGCCGCUUGCCCUUUGGAGCCGCUGCCUAAGUCGGGGAAGAAAGAAUGACAGAGGUGCUGUGGCCAGCUGUCCCCAACGGGACAGACGCCGCCUUCCUGGCCAGCCAGGGCUCGCCUUGGGGGAACAGCACGGCAGCCUCCACCGCCGCCGUCGUCUCGUUCAAAUGCGCCCUGACCAAGACGGGCUUCCAGUUCUACUACCUGCCGGCUGUCUACAUCUUGGUGUUCAUCAUCGGCUUCCUGGGCAACAGUGUGGCCAUCUGGAUGUUCGUGUUCCACAUGAAGCCGUGGAGCGGCAUCUCCGUGUAUAUGUUCAACUUGGCUCUGGCCGACUUCUUGUACGUGCUGACUCUGCCCGCUCUCAUCUUCUAUUACUUCAAUAAGACAGACUGGAUCUUCGGGGAUGCCAUGUGCAAGCUACAGAGGUUCAUCUUCCAUGUCAACCUCUAUGGCAGUAUCUUGUUCCUGACCUGCAUCAGCGCGCACCGGUACAGCGGCGUGGUCUACCCGCUGAAAUCCCUGGGCAGGCUCAAGAAGAAGAAUGCGGUCUAUAUCAGUGUGCUGGUGUGGUUCAUUGUCGUGGUGGGGAUUUCCCCCAUCCUCUUCUACUCGGGUAUCGGGGUCCGGAAGAACAAAACCAUCACCUGCUAUGACACCACCACAGACGAGUACCUGCGAAGUUACUUCAUCUACAGCAUGUGCACGACCGUGGCCAUGUUCUGUGUCCCCUUGGUGCUGAUUCUGGGCUGUUACGGAUUAAUUGUGAGAGCUUUGAUUUACAAUGACCUGGAUAACUCUCCUCUCCGGAGGAAAUCAAUUUAUCUGGUGAUCAUUGUGUUGACAGUCUUUGCUGUAUCUUACAUCCCUUUCCAUGUGAUGAAAACGAUGAACUUGAGGGCCCGGCUGGAUUUUCAGACCCCAGAAAUGUGUGCUUUCAAUGACGGGGUUUAUGCCACGUAUCAGGUGACAAGAGGUCUGGCAAGUCUCAACAGCUGUGUGGACCCCAUUCUCUAUUUCUUGGCGGGAGAUACUUUCAGAAGGAGACUCUCCCGAGCGACCAGGAAAGCUUCCAGAAGAAGUGAGGCAAAUUUACAAUCCAAGAGUGAAGACAUGACCCUCAAUAUUUUAUCCGAAUUCAAGCAGAAUGGAGAUACAAGCUUGUGAAGGCACAAGAAUCUCCAAACAACUCACUUUUGUACCAUGGAUACCUAGCCCAAUUUAGACUGUGUCGACUACAUUAUGGCCCCUUCCAGAGAACUGUCUUUUGGAGAGAGGAUCCAGUGAGGUGUACAGUGACUAGAAAUGCCCUUUCAUUACUUGGCAUCAUUUUCCCCAAAGUGGUUUUUGUUUAGUUUCAUAUUUAAAAUAGCGGACAACAAUGACAUGUGAAUGCAUGCCAAAUAAUUGCAAAAAACAAUCUCAUGAACUCCUUCCAGGCCAAAGGUCUCUGGGAAGAGUCUGUGUUAAUGGUGAAAACAUACAGAGGGUCAGGAUGAAGCAGCUGUAUGAGGCUAUGAGUAAGUAUUUUAAUAGUAAAGGUAGAAAUCUGUUGGCCUUUGGAUGAAAGAACAACUAAAAUGAUAGAACUUACCAGUUUACUAAGUUUCACACUACAAAAAAUAUUUUAAUGCCAAGUCCAAGAUGUUUUAUGAUCCACACAUUGACAUCUUUGACUCCGAAUAUCAAUUUGUGUUUACACUGAAAUGAGGAAAGACAAACUUAGAAGACAUAUAGCAAGAGAGUCAGGAUACAGAAUCAAAACCAUCUAUUGCCACUCAGCCAGCUUUUGUGACUCCUGACCCUUUUAAGACCACUCUUCAUGGAUUAAAAAAGUUGGAUAACAUCCUAUUGGGGCCUUAAAGGAUGUGGUAAAGCAGGAAAACUAGAGACAGCUACAGGUGCAUGAAAUGUGCUCCUGUUAUUUUUCAGGACUCUUUGAUGCCAGUCCUUAGCUGUGAUAUGGGCCUAUGACUUUUAAGUCUUCUGAGUCUACUUGGAUAGGACAUCAAACUGCCUCUGGAUACAAAAGAUGCCAGUGCUUACAGCAGCUGGAAUUGAACUAGUGAUGAUAUUUUAAAAUGUGAUACUAGUUAGAGAUCUAUUCAAGCUUUAACUUUGCUGGUCAAAUUGUAACUCAUAAUAGUAUUUAUUGAUGAAGCUUAUAGUUCUUCAGUUGUACAGACUGAAAUUUUUUCCUGAAAGAUCUAACUUACUGAUGUAAAUUAUAUUUAUUAUAAUGUACAAUAUUAAUAUGUGAUGCUGGUGUAUUUUACAUAAUAUAUGAUGCAUAGAUAAAAUUGGAGUUAUUGUAUAUUAUGAUGCUUUUCAAAUAUCGGUAUCUUGAAAUUUCAGUUUUUUUUUCUCUAAAAUAUGAAAAUCUGUUCUUGAUACAAGUGAUUUAUUUUCCUCAAGAAAGGUUUUUGCAUGUACCUUUUAAAUUAGGGUUCUUUCUAAUGACAUAAUUUGGUGUCAGACUAUCAUAAAAUCAUUGUUAAAUACAAAAUAUCUUAGCCAGAGUGGGCCAGUAUUGUCUACAUUUCAUAUGAUAUUGUAGAAAAAUUUAUACUCUCUUUUCAGGCAGUUUAGAAUUUUUGCUCUCUGAUAUAGUUGGAGCUUCCAUGUCCAAAGGCAAAAGGCUUGUCCUAAAUUUACAAUAGCUCUAUUAUCUUUUAGAAGCCUGUUGGGAUGGACAUUGCAGACAAACAUUAGAAUUUAAGGAAAAACUUUAUGGAGAUAGGGAGAGAAAAAGGCAGCUAAUGCAAACAGUCCCCUGCUGUUCAAUUCUGCUUAAAUUUUUGUGGCAUGUUUCAUCUUAAGGUAAAACAGUAUAAUCUUAAUUUCUUUGAGGUGGAGUUCAUAAGUAACACAAUACCAGCAAGUUUAACACUGCUAUUAAUUUUACUCAUUAUUUUUCCUUUCAUUAGACUACCUUAAUUCCAAGUUUUAUAGUGGUAACUGUAUAUUAUUUGGCUGCUGAAUUCUGUUACAGUUUUUUUAUUCUUUUAUACAUUGUAUUAUACACAUCAUCAAUUAAUAUGAAGGGGAAUAUAGAAGUUACAUAUCAAAAUUUGUGAAUUUGAAUUACAGUAUGUUUUAGUGCUUUUGCAAAAAUGUUUAUUUUUAUAUUAUCAGUGAUUUUAUAUAGAUAAUUCAACUAGAUUUCUUUGUGAUUAUUAGCGCCAUUGGAUAAGUGGUAUGGAAACAGUGUUACUUGACAUUUUGAGCUUUCUCAGGAUUAUCUAAAUCAGUGGUAGCUUAAGAAAAUCUAGACUGUGUGUAAUUGUGUUUUUGAUAAAAGGAAUGUCCAUUUCCUAUAAUAGCAUAGUGUUGUUUGCAGGCAGGAAUAUGCAAAAUAGUGUGUGUGUGUGUGUGUGUGUGUGUGUGUGUGUGUGUGUGUGUGUCUAAAGCAUGGCAGCCAACUUUGUAUCAGCUUUAUAGUAACAGCAGAGUUUCAGUCUAAUUAUGGUCACUAAAAUUG